AUGGCACAGUCUUCUUUCAAAAUGAAGAUUGUUGGUACAGCUGCUCGUUUACUUCAUGCUAUUCCUGUUAUUCGUCCUCAAGAUUUGGCAACCAAAGGUUUAGGAAGUCUUCAAUAUUCUUCAAGUGAUGGUCAAAUCAUUCUAGGCAAGGAUACUCAAUUUACUCAACAAGUUCAACCACGUGAUUUGCUGACAGUCAACAAAACCAUUCUCUUACAAGUGGAACAAGUGAUAUCUGAUACGGAAAUUCGACUCAAAGUUCCCUUAGACAAGGAUACCCUCGCUAUAUUUGACCAAUACCCUGAAGGUGUGCCAUAUAAAGUGACUCCUCAUGUAGAUCAAGCUCAGCUAUUUGAAAAGGUACAUGAAAGAUUAGCAGAAGGUGGUAGUAUUGUUAUCUUUCCUGAAGGUGGAAGUCAUGAUAGAACAGAAUUACUUCCUUUGAAAGCUGGCUUUGCUAUUAUGGCUUUGGGUGCAAUGGCUGAAAAGGAAAAUGUCAACGUUCAAAUUGUACCUGUUGGGUUGAACUAUUUCCAUCCUCAUCGUUUCCGAUCUCGAGCUGUUGUGUCUUAUGGUACUCCAAUCAAGGUGAACCAAAAUUUGGUUGAAAAAUACAAACAAGGUGGUACUGCUAAACGUGAAGCUAUUUCGACAUUAUUAAAUGAAGGUUAUGAUGGAUUAAAAUCAGUUACUGUCAAUGCUCCCAACUAUGAUACCCUAAUGAUUAUGGCAGCUGCUCGACGACUUUAUAAACCUGCUGCUACUCACAAAUUAUCUAUCGAUCAAGUAGUGGAUUUGAAUCGCCGAUUUUUAUUAGGUUAUCGAUUCUUCAAGGAUGAUCCUACAUAUAAGGAAUUAGAAAACAAAGUCAAGGCUUAUAAUAACCAUUUGAAAUAUUUUGGAUUAUCUGAUCAUCAGGUUGAACGAACCGAAACUAAUUUGUAUUCUGCUGCUCCUGUUCUGAUUGGUCGGUUGAUAAAACUUAUAAUUUUUGCUUUACUUGGUUUUCCUGCUCUUAUUAUCAAUUCUCCCCUUUUUAUUGUUGCUCGUAUCAUUACUUUGAAAAAGCAAAAAGAGGCAUUGGCAGGUUCAUCGGUCAAAAUUGCAGCUCGUGAUGUAUUGGCUACUUGGAAAGUGAUUGUUGCUCUUGUGUUUACACCUCUACUAUAUGGAUUUUACUCUAGUGUCCUAUUUGGUUAUUUAUGGGAGUUUAAUCAAUUGGGAUGGAAACAAAGUUUAUGGUACUCAAUGUUGGCAUUCAUUAUUCAACCUUUCUUUGCUUACAUGGGAUUACGACUUGUGGAAACAGGAUUAGAACUUUUGAAAUCAAUUCAACCUUUGAUUUUAGCUGUACAACAACCGAAUGCAGCAGCUAGUUUACGAAUGAUGCGAGAAAAAUUAUCGGACGACGUGACUGAUUUUGUGAAUAAAAAUGGACCAACUGUAUUGGAUGAUUUUGAUCAACAUCGAUUUGAUCACCUGGAAUCGAAAAAGAAGGCGUCCACUGCAACUGCAGAAUCAUGGAAUUGGACUGGUAUUUUUGAUACAAGACGCAUAGAAGUACUACAACAUUGGUUUGAUGACAAGUCUUUAUUCAAUUUAUCUCCAUCUUCUGACGAUGAAGAUGAUUAA